AUGGCCGAAUGUCACCGGAGCAACGUUGAUUCACUAGUUCUCGAUCACCGCCACCAUGCCAAAAACACCACCACCGACAACUUCUGCAUCUCCGCCUCUUCGAUCCGCCGCAUCAUUUUUGACGCUGUGAGCUGCGGUGGAACUUCCCGGCACCGACAUCGCCACCACGAGGAACUCCACAACGACAUUGGCUCUUCUACUUCGACGGCAAGCUUUGCAUCCGUUACCGUUUGCCACAAAGAAAAGAAGCAUGUUCAAGAAGAGAAGCAUGAGAAGCUAUUGGAUCUCCUGAACGUACAGGUGCAUGUUACGGAUGCGGAAUCGAAGAAGAAAGAAGAGAUAUUGUUAGAGCUGAAGCAAGUGGUGAAGGAAUUGCGUGAUGAGGAUUCGACGAAGCGGAGAAUGGCGGCGGCGAGAGUGAGGUUACUGACUAAAGAUGAUACCGAAGCGAGAGGCUCACUCGCUAUGCUCGGAGCGAUUUCUCCACUCGUUGGAAUGCUUGAUUCAGAAGACGUUCAUUCUCAGAUCGAUUCUCUUUAUGCAUUACUCAAUAUCGGAAUCGGCAACGAUGCAAACAAAGCAGCGAUUGUAAAAGUUGGUGCUGUUCAUAAGAUGCUGAAGCUAAUUGAAUCACCGGGUGCUGUUGUUGAUUCGUCGGUUUCUGAGGCAAUUGUUGCAAAUUUCCUUGGAUUGAGUGCUUUGGAUUCUAACAAACCAAUAAUUGGAUCCUCUGGUGCAAUACCUUUUUUAGUUAGAACCCUUCAAAAUCUAGAUAAAAAUAGUAAAAGUAGUUCCCAAGUUAAGCAAGAUGCUCUUCGGGCUCUGUACAAUCUUUCGAUCAAUCAGACCAAUAUUUCGUUCAUUUUGGAAACCGAUUUGGUAUUGUUUAUGAUAAACUCAAUUGAAGAUAUGGUAGUGAGUGAGAGAGUCCUUUCGAUUCUAAGCAAUUUGGUGUCAACUCCAGAAGGUAGAAAAGCUAUCAGUGCUGUUAGGGAUGGAAUCACAAUUUUAAUUGAUGUAUUGAGUUGGACAGAUUCGCCUAAGUGCCAAGAGAAAGCUUCAUACAUUUUGAUGGUCAUGGCACACAAAGCCUAUGCUGAUAGGCAAACCAUGAUUGAGGUAGGGAUUGUAUCGGCAUUGCUCGAGUUGACGCUUGUAGGUACCGCAUUGGCACAGAAAAGGGCGUCAAGGAUAUUGGAGUGUUUUAGGGUAGACAAAGGGAAGCAGGUUUCUGGGAGAUGUGAUGGUGGAAACUUAAGUUUAACUGUCUCUGCACCUAUUUGCGCCUCGUCGUCUUCGACGGAUGGAGGAGGUAAAGAGUAUUUAAUGGAGGAGGUGAACAUGAUGAGUGACGAAAAGAUAGCAGUGAAGCAAUUAGUUCAGCAGAGUUUGCAGAAUAACAUGAUGAAAAUUGUCAAGAGGGCUAACUUGCGUCACGAUUUCGUUCCAUCCGAGCGUUUUGCUUCACUGACUUCGAGUUCCACAUCAAAGAGCCUUCCAUUUUGA